AUGAUUAAUUAAGAAUGUGAUACUAAAAUUAAAUAACAAGCAAUUAAGAGUGCUUUAAAAAAGGAACUACAUGUUGAAGAUCAAAUGUUUCGACGUUACGAUAGGAAAGGCAGAUAAAUUGCUUUCGGUUCUAAAUAUGAAGUUACAAUUGAUGAGCAUGUUCAAUUUUUGCAAGCAAUCCCUCCAGCCUCGACUCCAAGAGAUAGAACAAAGUCACCGAUUGGUAUGCCUUUGAGUGCUAGAUCACCUAGGAGCAAGUCUCCACUUAUGGACAAAGCUGAAACUGCCACUCCAAUUUAAAAUUCUCAAAAAAAAUUGGAAUUUACAAAAAAAGAAGAGGAAUCUUUAAAAAUAUUAGAACUCAAAUAUUAAAAAUAAAAAAAGCUUAGCAAACAACCCAAAUAAUGCUGUAUUAUCUGGUGA